CUCAAAUUGCGUGCGGUACUGACAAAAACUGCUACCCAUCUUUCACCACCUGCCACAAAUGCCAAUUGACCCACGAUUGAGUGCUCAGGAGGUCUUUGAGAUCCACAAAGCCGCUGUUACCAGAGAUUUCGUUGCCAAGCCACGUCUAGACUACAAUACUGUGUCUGGCGUUAAUGGCCCUUUAGUUAUCUUGGACAACGUUAAGUACCCCAAGUUCUCUGAAAUCGUUGAACUUACCUUGCCUGAUGGUAGUAAGCGUGCUGGUCAAGUUCUUGAAGUCCAAGGAAAAAAGGCCGUUGUUCAGGUCUUUGAGGGUACCUCAGGCAUCGAUGCUAAGAAGACACGUGUUGAGUUCACUGGAAACACCCUAAACAUUCCUGUUUCUGAAGACAUGCUUGGUCGCGUGUUCAGUGGAUCUGGAAAGCCUAUUGAUAAAGGACCUAAGGUUUUCGCUGACGAUUAUCUGGACGUUAAUGGUUCUCCCAUCAACCCCUUCUCUCGUAUUUAUCCUGAAGAGAUGAUUCAAACUGGUAUCUCUCCCAUUGAUACCAUGAACUCUAUUGCUCGUGGACAGAAGAUUCCUAUUUUCUCCGCUGCUGGUUUGCCACAUAACGAGAUUGCCGCUCAAAUCUGUCGUCAAGCUGGCUUGGUCCAAAAGCUUGCUCCUACUAAGGACGUUCACGAUGGUCACGAAGAUAACUUCUCUAUUGUUUUCGGUGCUAUGGGUGUCAACAUGGAAACAGCUAGAUUCUUCAAGCAAGAUUUUGAGGAGAACGGUUCCAUGGAGCGUGUCACUCUCUUCCUCAACUUGGCCAACGACCCCACAAUCGAACGUAUCAUCACUCCUCGAUUGGCCCUUACUACUGCCGAAUACUUUGCUUAUCAGCUUGAGAAGCACGUUCUUGUCAUUCUUACCGACAUGUCUUCAUAUGCUGAUGCCCUUCGUGAAGUUUCCGCUGCACGUGAAGAAGUUCCUGGUCGUCGAGGUUACCCCGGUUACAUGUACACUGAUUUGUCUACCAUUUAUGAGCGUGCUGGUCGUGUUGAAGGACGCAAUGGUUCUAUUACGCAAAUUCCUAUUCUUACCAUGCCUAACGAUGAUAUCACACAUCCUAUCCCUGAUUUGACUGGUUACAUUACCGAAGGCCAAAUUUAUGUCGAUCGUCAACUCUAUAACCGUCAGAUCUACCCACCAAUCAACGUUUUGCCAUCCUUGUCCCGUCUUAUGAAGUCGGCUAUUGGUGAAGGUAUGACUAGAAAGGAUCACGGUGACGUAUCCAAUCAAUUGUAUGCCAAGUACGCUAUUGGACGUGAUGCUGCAGCCAUGAAGGCUGUCGUCGGUGAAGAAGCAUUGACGCAAGAAGAUAAAUUGUCAUUGGAAUUCUUGGAGAAGUUUGAGAGAACUUUUAUCUCUCAAGGACCUUAUGAGUCCAGAACCAUCUACGAGUCUCUCGAUCUCGCUUGGUCGUUACUUAGAAUCUUCCCCAAGGAACUUCUUAACCGUAUUCCACAAAAUAUCUUGGCCGAGUUUUACCAGCGCGAACGUAAGACCAAGCGCUCAAAGGGCGUCUUUGAUACCUCUGAGGAAGGCGAGGAAGCUCAAGAAUAGAGAGGUAUUUCACCGUAGCAAUUUGUCUCAUUUUUUUUCCCUCUUUUUUUCUUUUCAAAAAAAUUUGCGUUACAAUUCCAAUUCACCUGUCCUAUCUUCUUAUCGUGAGAACCUUACUUCUUGAGAGAUUAUGUAAAUGAAAAUGGCCAAAAACACCAAUAUACGAUGUGA